GGUGUGUGUGUGUGUGUGUGUUGAGGAGCGAGAAAUGUCAGUGGUGUAGGCGUUUUUUAACGGUAGAAAAUACACGAAAAGCAUUAUGCAACGCUUGCAAAGUCGAGGUACGCAAACAACGGCAGGAAGCUAACGCUAGUAACGUUAGGCAGCAGACAAAAAAGCAGCGCACCUGGGAGCCCAAUACAGCAAGUACUCGACCAAAGGAAGACACCAAAGGAAGGCAAUAACGAUCAAGCAGUGAUGCCAUCGAAAGAGGCCAAGCCCAACUUCAGUCUCUCUCAGAUGUCUGAGAUAUUGAAGAGGGUUUUUGCACUGACACCAUCAGAACUUCACAGUUUGCCCAGCUACGAUGACCAAAACCUCUAUGUGGAGACCAAGGAGGGAAGCAAGUACGUCCUAAAAAUCCUGAACUCAGUGGACAGUCAGGAUCACAGGCUGGUUGAGGUGCACACAUAUGCCAUGUCUUUUCUGCACCAGAAAGGACUUCCUGCCCAAACAGCCCUACCCAACACUUCAGGACAGCUCAUGAGUCUGGAAGAAAUGGAUUGUGGCUAUGGCUCUCAGAAGUACUUGGUGCGGCUGUUGACUUAUUUGCCUGGCAUUACUGUUUCCAAGGUCCCUCUUACACCAGAGUUGUUGUACGACAUUGGCAAAACAGCAGCCAGAAUGGACACUCUCCUGAAAGAGAUGGAACAUCCUCAUCUCAGUGUGCUGCAGAGGGAGAAUUUCAUAUGGAGUCUGUCGAAUGUUCCCCUUAUGGAAGCCUAUUUGAGUGUACUUGAUGGAAAUCCUCUUCAGGACAUAAUUAAGUCUGUCAUUCAGCAGUACAAGACCUGUGUGGCCCCGAAAUACUCAGACUUUCGCAAGUGUAUAAACCAUGGUGACUUCAAUGACCUCAAUCUGCUUGUGCAAUCUGAUGGAAGCGAUGGCUACAGGAUCAGUGGCAUCCUUGACUUUGGGGACAUGCACAGUGGCUACUACAUUCACGAGUUGGCGAUCACUAUCAUGUACAUGAUGAUGGAACACCCUAACCCUGUUGAGGUGGGUGGACCCGUCCUCGCGGGCUGGGAAAGCAUGCUUCCUCUCAAUGAGGUAGAAAAAGAAUGCCUCUAUGUGCUGGUGAUGUGCCGCUUCAGCCAGUCAUUGCUUUUCGCUCGUUACUUUGUGACUCUGCAUCCAGAAAAUGCAGAGUAUCUGAUGAUUUCAUCCAAGAAGGGCAUCUCAAUUUUCCCUCAAAUGUGGGAGCUCGGCAAGGACCAGACAGAGAAAGUGUGGUUCCAAAGUGCUGCUCGCUACAAUGAUGGAAAAGUAGCCUAAUGUUCAAGAUCAUGAGUUGGGAAAAUAGGCCUGACAUAUUAUGCAUGUUUUAAAAACUGGGGUAUAAUCAGUACUCUAUGGUACUGUUUUUUAUCACACUUUAUGGGAAUUUUAUAUACUAAUUGUUGCAGAUUUCUGUGUAUAUUUAUAUGAAUGUUUGCCCAUAAUCUCUGUGUACAGGACUUGAACCACUUAGCAAUCUGUGGUCAUCGUUGUCUGAUCCUCCUCUUAAUGUUGCUGUGCAUUUAAAAAGGAAAAUGAUUUGGAACUGUAGACAGGGCUAGUUAAGUUAAACCACACUGUUGUAACUCGUGCAGAAUGAGGCCUGGCAUUGUGUAUCUUUGACAUAGAGGUCUGUUUCCCUCCAAACACAUGCUGAAACUUGGACUUGAGCUCGGGCUCAGAGAGCUGUGAGGUUUCUGUGUAAAAGGAACGUGUGGCUUAGUUUAGUACAGUUUCAGGUUGUGUUUGCUGAUGCGGUGGCAAGUUGUGUACAUAGUGACAGUGGUUUUUCCAUGCUCAUGUGGCCAUUUUCAUCAUUGUAGGAGGAUGACAUCAAGCACAACAAUCAACCACUAAAACAAAUUUUACUGUUCAGGAAUGCUAUAUAAUUAUAAUGUGACAUCUCCAUCAAGAAAUAAUAAUGUGCAAUGUUGCAACAAUUUUUAAAUUUUUAUUUGUAAACCAGAAAGAGCUUCUACGUAUUAGCCAGUACAGAAACAUGAAAAAAUUAUUUUGAUAAUUAACAAUGCUGUUAAUUAAGGGCAGCUGUGGCCUUUGGUGGUGGUCUAAUAAAAUUGUUAAGCACUUUAUGUGUCUAUAUUAAUAUAUUUUUUUCUGGAAAUGGGGUUUGUAAUAGAGUAAGUCUUAUUUUAUUAGAGUGUGAAAAUGACAUGUAAUGAAAACAUUUAGGGAUGUGGUGGUGCUACAUGUAAGAAGGUGUGUAACACCGAGCUGCUAUAAUUAUGAAUUUUCUCUUAGUUUGUACAUGUCUAGUUUUUCAGGAACACAGAUUUGUACCUCUUUGGAUUAUGGGUCGCUUCACUUUGAGUGGGUGAAAGGUUUAUAUGGAGUCACACAAUCUUGGACAAAAUAAACCCUCUUGAGGUUAAAUGUCAAUGCUUGCUUUGUUACUGCAAUUGUCCUAAUAAACUAAUACAGCACUCUUAAA